AAUUUAUGUAAAUAAAUUAUUUUAUGACAACGAAUUUCCAUGAUUUACAUUUCUCACCCUUGGUGAGCCUCAUAUUUUGUUUAAUCAGUAACCCGUAUGUAGCCUCUCAACUUUCCUUGGAUUUCAUUGGCUAAGAGAUAGCGUCCUUUUUGUACUAGACUUAGCCUGGAGGAAAACAAAGAUUUUUUGGGAUCAUUUUAACCAGUUUUUUAUUUAUUUAUUUUGAUGAAGAGUUCGUCCCAUGUUUAAAGUUUUUGAUUGCUUGAACAAUUGAGAGACGAUUUCUGGUUUUGAGAGCUAAUUUCCAGGCUUGUGGAAUGGGUCGAAUCGCUUGUAUACAAAUACAGCUACAUUAAGCGAAUAGUUGUUUGUGAACUUUUCAUUCGUUCAAGCCCACGAUAUGUGACAGUGGAGAUGUACUCUUUUCGACGUGAUAUUGUCAAUCAAAUGUUAAAGGACAUGUUAGAAAUUCACCCAAAGUUGGGAUAUUGGAAACAUUUACGAUUAAUGAAUAGUCCAUUGGCCAUCCUUAGUGUAGAUGGUGUACAUCUGUCUGAAAUAGGAAAUAGGAAAUUCUAUAGGAGCCUAAGAUUGGCGAUUCUCCAGGCCAUAAGAACACCAUAAUGGGUCCUAAAAAGAAGAACCCAUCGUCAAACACUGGACAGAGAGCAGCAAAGAGACAAAAGACAACAAAUGACACUGUGCAAAAUGACCCUAAUGUUAUACAAAGUUUGACUCAAUCGAUAACGGCAAACAUCUUGUCUGAAUUGAAGAAAGUUGGUGUUCUACCUUCGACCGGACAACAAGAAACCAUCACAACACUAAGUGGACAGCAAACCGCCAUGCCAAAAGAAACAAACGCAGGAGAAAUUGUGAAUGAACCCUUUCCACUUCAAGCUCAACAGAGAAUUAAUUCAACGGUUACAUCUUCAACCCCACAGUCCACUACAGCCCAACAUGCCCAAGGUGCAACACAGAUUACAGCAGCCAGUGCAGCACCAGUCAUUAUUCCUGAAUCAAGUGAACAGCAACUACCAGCAGCUACUUUUGUGAACCUGACUCAACAAUUACAGGGUAAUGUUGAAAGUACGUCUGAAUACAAACCUCUUGGUAGACCCCUAUACACGUACGUUUCGAGCAAAAUCAAAGAAAAGAUAUUAGCCAAUGAAUUCGUCCAGAUGAGUGACAUUCUAGACCCUCCUACUGAUCUGGAAUUUGUUGACUUCCAUCUCUCUGUAAAGGAUAAGGGUAGAGUUGGUCUAAGUUCCAAUAAAAAGAAAAAGUACAUAACGAUCGAAGAAUGGACUGACGCAUUUAAUAUCUUCAGUUCCGUAGUACGGCAGGGCAGUCCGAAUGAUAAAGAUCUACCAGAAGCUUUGGCAGUAUAUAUGCAUUUGAUACGUUCCAUACAUAAAGAUGGGGGGGAAUGGUUUCACUACGAUGUUACUUUUAGAAAGGCCAGGCAAGGGGAUAUCUCAUUAUCAUGGAGACAAGUAGAUCAGGUCCUUUAUAGUCGGGCUUUAAUGAAAAAGUUGGGGGCUCCUGUAACUCAUCAUGCUAAUAAUGCUAAGAACCAGCUUUUUCGUCCCCACUGUUUCAAAUUUAAUGAAGGAAAGUCUUGCAGUAGCCUCUGUAAAUACCCCCACAUCUGUUCAACCUGCUUUAAACCUCACCCCAAAACCCAGUGUUGGAGAAAUAAAGAAAAAAGGUUUUCACCUAAUACACAGUCAACCGGGUCCCAACCUACAAAGAAAGCCUGAGUACUCAAGCAACUUACCAACUCCUAUUAACCCAGAGAAAUUGGCUCAAUACUUGGUAGGUUAUGAUAAAUCCAAGACACUUUAUUUAUUAGAUGGUUUCAGAAAUGGUUUCAAGUUAGAAUAUGAAGGGGACAGGGGGUUUCAGUACAGUCCUAAUCUUAAAUCAGCCCUUGAAAAGAAAGAUAUUGUGAAUCAAAAAAUUUCUAAAGAACUCAGUGCUGGCCGCAUAGCAGGACCUUUUCCUAAUCCUCCUUUCGAUUCUUUGAAAAUUUCGCCACUAGGUAUAGUGCCUAAGAAAACCCCAAAUGAGUAUCGAAUGAUUCAUCACUUAUCCUACCCCAACAAAAUUGAACGUUCGGUUAAUGCGGGUAUAUCUGAUGAGGCAGCUGCCGUUCAGUAUGCAGGUAUAAAUGAUGCUGUAGGGUAUAUUAAACAACUUGGGGAAACUUCAUUCUGUUGCAAAACAGACAUUCGCUCAGCCUUCAGAAUUCUACCUGUUUCACCAACAGAUUAUGAGCUAUUAGGGUUUAUGUGGGAGAACAAUUAUUUCUAUGAUAGGUGUCUACCAAUGGGUUGCAGAACAAGUUGUAAAAUUUUUGAGCAGUUUAGUACUGCAAUAGAAUGGAUCGCGAAGAAUAGGUUAGGGAUCACAGCUGUAGUUCAUAUUCUGGAUGAUUUUCUUUUUAUUGAGCAAUCCAAAAUUUUAUGUUUACAGAAAUUUAAAAGUUUCCUUGAACUUUGUGCCGACAUUGGAAUCCCCCUUGCAGCAGAAAAAACUGUUCUUCCUACACAGAUUAUUGAGUUUGUUGGAAUAGAGAUGGAUGUUCGGUUAAGGGAAACCCGGUUGCCCAGAGAUAAGAUCUUGAAAUGUACAAAUCUGCUCAAAAAUUUUGUUCAAAAAGAUAGAUGUACUGUAAAAGAGAUGCAAUCACUUAUAGGGGUUUUGAAUUUUGCUUGUUCGGUUAUUUUACCAGGUCGCGCAUUUCUUAGACGUUGUAUAAAUGUGCUAAUGAAAGUGUCUGAAAAUCAAAAGUUUAUAACCAUUGGCCUAGAAUGUAAACAGGAUAUGUUUGUGUGGUUGACAUUUCUUGAAAAGUAUAAUGGUAAGACUAUGUUUUUAGACGAGAAAUUUCUGUCAAGUAACACCCUCCAGUUGUAUACAGAUGCUGCACAGUCAAAAGGCUUUGCAGGAAUAUAUAAAACGCAGUGGUUUUAUGGUAGUUUUCCUGAAAACUGGAAGAAUUUGAACAUUAUGACUUUAGAGUUUUACCCGAUUGUGCUUGCAGUUUCUACUUGGGGAAGAUUGUUUGCUAAUCACUCCAUUCUUUUCUUUACUGACAAUGAGGCAUUAGUUUCUGUUAUCAAUAAGCUAUCUAGCAAAGAUCAAUUAGUGUUACAGAUGGUUAGGUAUUUGGUCAUGCAAUGUCUGAAGCAUAAUAUUGUAUUUAGAGCAAAGCAUAUACCUGGUAAACACAAUAAGUUGGCAGAUAGCCUUUCUCGAUUACAGGUUCAAGAAUUCCGGAAGUUAGCACCAGAUGCACAAGUAGAACCAACCAUGGUGCCAGAAACACUGAUGCCUCAAAACUUUUGGACGACAUUGAAAAGCUUACAACUGCAGCUAUAGCACCAUCGACAGCAGCAACAUAUAACAGAGCUUGGCGGGCUUUUGCAUCUUUCUGCACUUCAUACAGUAUACCAUGUGUGCUGCCUUUAACUUCAUCCAUAGUUGCUCUUUUUGUAGCACAUCUGUUUUCUACAGCAUUCUCACCGAAAACCAUCUCUACUUAUUUGUCAGCUUUAGGGUAUGUGCAUAAAAUUUUGAAUUAUCAGGAUCCUACACAGUCAUUUUUAAUACAAAAAUUAAUUGCUGGAGCUUAUCGAUUGGGCAAUACAUUUGAUAUUAGAUUACCUAUUACCAACCAUAUAUUAGACAAAUUGGUGUCAUGUCUACCACAAGUUGUUAUGGAAGAAAACAAUCAAAAAAUGUUUAGGGCUUUAUUUCUAUUUGCAUUUUCGGCAUUUGCUCGUAUUGGAGAGUUGGUCGGAUCUGAGGGUCAUUACGAUGAAGUCAUCCAAAUUUCAGAUGUCACUUUUACAUGUAAAGCAGGAAAACCUUCUCAGGUCAAUGUUUGUUUUAAAACUUUUAAGCACAACUCUUCUGGUAUACCUAAGUUUAUUUCAUUCUCACAUGGAGAUUGCAAAAUUUCUGCAGUAGAAGCACUUUUACAGUACUUAAAUACAAGGAAAAAUAUUACAGGUCCUUUGUUUCUUUUGGAUAACAGCUCACCUUUAACUAGAGUUAAAUUUAAUCAUAUACUUAAAAAAUGUUUGCUCAUGUGUGGUUUAGACAGUACAAAAUAUAAGGGACACAGCUUUAGAAUAGGUGCUGCUACAGCAGCGGCUCUUAAGGGAUGUACGGAUGCACAAAUUAGGGCUAUGGGACGAUGGCAAUCCAAUGCAUUUCAAAAGUAUAUAAGAUCAAAUCAUGUUCCCACUAGUGAGUAAACAAAUCUAUUGCUUAUUGACCUUCUCUUUGAUAUUGGCUGUAGCUUGUGGUUAUUGAAUACUUGCUUGGGCCAGUAUUCAGUUAGCUAUUUUAAAAAUUUUACAUUCACAUGUUAAUAACAAAGUUUCAUAAAUACAUAGAAAUGCUCGUCCUUCUGAUUCAUAAACUUAUUUUUGAAUAUCUGCUAGGGCCGGUAUUCAAUUAAAUCAACAUUUAACAAUACCCCCUUGCUUGGCCAGAUAACAUAAGCUUUAUUUCAUAGAUAUCUGCUGGGGCCGGUAUCACUAUAAUAUGAAUACAUGCAUUACUUGGUGAUGUUAUAUUACUUCUGGUGCCAGUAGUAAAAGUAGAUCUGAAGUGUUACCUGCUUGGGCCGGUAACAUGUUUUUAUGUAUGUAAAGACAUUUUCAAUGAAGCAAGAGUACUUGCUGGGGCUAGUACUCAUUUGUUGUCAUAUUUAGAACUCUGGUACAAAAGAAAUCCUUAUUUGUUUUUGUAUUAUUAUGCAUAUAUGUUUUGAUGUAAAUAUAUUUUAUAUGUUCAUUCCUUCUUGUAAAAGCAUUUUUAUAUGAAUGAUGUACAGGCAAUGGCUUGGUUGGGGUCGUUUCAAAGAUCAUUUUGAACAUGAUCUUCUCAACUGUGGAUAAUUGACCCCACCUUUGCCAAUUUUAUAACAUUCAAACUAUACAUUGUAUACUCUCUUUAUUUACAUGUUAAAUUCUGGAUUUUGUUUUGUAUGAAGAAAACUGUAUAUACAUGUUUUACAAUUGUUUUCGGCAAACAGUAGUUAAUAUAGAGUUUGUGUUCUGUUAUUAUUAUACAUGUAUGUAAGAAAUAUUUUAUAGGUGUAAAGAACAACUGUCCAUUUUGUUGGUAACCUUUGAUGCUUAUAUUAACUACAAUUUUGUUUAUUGAUCAAAACCUUUAUUUUGAUCAAUAAAAUUCAACUUCAAUAUACAUUUGUCUUUUGUCCUUUUUCAUGGCAUUUUGGGAAAAGAGGAGGCAUAAAUGCAAUUUAUGUAAAUAAAUUAUUUUAUGACAACGAAUUUCCAUGAUUUACAUUUCUCACCCUUGGUGAGCCUCAUAUUUUGUUUAAUCAGUAACCCGUAUGUAGCCUCUCAACUUUCCUUGGAUUUCAUUGGCUAAGAGAUAGCGUCCUUUUUGUACUAGACUUAGCCUGGAGGAAAACAAAGAUUUUUUGGGAUCAUUUUAACCAGUUUUUUAUUUACCCUCCCUCCUCCCCUGAACCACUUUAGAGUGUGGUCAGGAUAAUUGACCCCACCUUUGCCAUUUUUAUAACAUUCAAACUAUACAUUGUAUACUCUCUUUAUUUACAUGUUAAAUUCUGGAUUUUGUUUUGUAUGAAGAAAACUGUAUAUACAUGUUUUACAAUUGUUUUCGGCAAACAGUAGUUAAUAUAGAGUUUGUGUUCUGUUAUUAUUAUACAUGUAUGUAAGAAAUAUUUUAUAGGUGUAAAGAAAAACUGUCCAUUUUGUUGGUAACCUUUGAUGCUUAUAUUAACUACAAUUUUGUUUAUUGAUCAAAACCUUUAUUUUGAUCAAUAAAAUUCAACUUCAAUAUACAUUUGUCUUUUGUCCUUUUUCAUGGCAUUUUGGGAAAAGAGGAGG